AUGCCACCCCAGGCUCUGCUGCCCAUCCUGUUUCUCUGUGUGCUGCUGCUGCAGGCCCAGGGAGGACACCGUACCCGGAAGAGGAUGCAGACUGUGCCCGAAAUACCCCUGUCUGAAGAAAUCAAAGUUUGUGAGAAACGGCCUCCAGUUUAUCUGUGCAGACACCUCUGUGAAUCUCACAAAGAAUGUCAAGCAAAUAACAUAUGCUGUUCCAUCUUCUGUGGAAAUGUUUGCAUGAGCGUUCUGUGA